AUGGACUACACUUUUGGAGAAGUUACUAUACAUUCAGGUGCUUAUUGGUCUGUUAUAAACAAUGCAGUUUCGAAUUUUGCUGCAGAUAUUCAUGUACAACCUAAUGCAGGAUUAUAUAUAUCAAGUUUUACACCAUUUAUCUCAUUGAAAGUUGAAAUGACAAGUUUGAUUAGAACAAUUACAAAUGAUGGUAUAAUUUCAUUCAAUUCAGUUGCAUCAUUUAUUUCAUCAUCUUAUAAAUUAAUUGGAUCAUCUUUUACGAACAAUGGAGAAAUGUAUCUAGCAGCUUCUGGAAUGUUUCCUAGUGAAGUUAAACUAACUGCUGCAAAAUGGAAUAAUAAUGGGUUAUUAGUAUUUCCUCAAAAUCAAAGAGUUGCUGGUGAAGUUAUAUUAGGUACAACUUACGGAACAAUUCAUAAUAAUGGUCAAAUUUGUUUCCACAAUCAAGUUUAUUUGCAAACUACAUCAAUUCAAGGUACUGGCUGUAUCACAGCAGAAGCUUCUUCCUCGAUAUAUAUUGCCAAUUCACUUUACCCUAUAUCUAGUGGUCAAACAAUUUAUUUAGCAGAUGGUCAAUCCUCAUUGAUUGUUGAGGGUAUAUCACUAACUCAAACUUUUUAUGUCAGGAACUUUGGAAUAGUGAAUGGAGUUGCUAAUAAAGUGGGUUUAACUGUUCCACUAGCUGCUAAAUCAUUAGUUAGGAGUGCUUUUGAAUAUGACACCAAAACUGGUAUUUUAACUUUGAAAGAUGCAGUAUUAUCGCAAAAAUUUAAUAUUGGUUUAGGAUAUGAUAGUUCAAAAUUUGAAGUUGUAACUGACGAUGGUGCAGGUUUACCUUCAACUAUUUUGGGCUCAGUUCAAUAUAAUGGACCUCCACCAAACCCAGGACAACCAGCUCAAUGCAGACCUUGUAAAGAGUUACCAUCAAUUCCAGGUUCUGAACCAACUGAAUAUACAACAACAAUAACUACAAAGAAUUCAAAUGGAUUAGUAACACAAACUGGUGUAGUUCAAAUCAGCAUUAAUAGUCAAGGUUUAUUUGUUAGCAGUACUAGUUUUUUUCCAACACCGACAUCAUUCACCACUACUUGGACAGAUAAUUCUGAUGGUAGUAGAAAAAUAUAUUCAGGUAUUAUAUCGCAAUCGGGAGAUUUAGUAAGUACUGUUACAACUUUUUCAACAACUUCUCCAGAAACUACAAUUGCUCCAUCAUCAUCAAUAAGUGUUUCCGCAUUACCUGAACUGUUAGUUACUUCAUCAUUAGAUUCCACUACCCUAGAUUUCAGUGCAUUAGACGAUCACAUUGGAACAAUUAGUUCCGAUGAGACAACCAAUGCUAUUGAAACUGAAAGAGAUGUUGAGGCUGAAACAAAAGUCAUAGUGAAUGAAUCAAUAAAGACAGAUUUGAAUUUUGAAAUUAUACCAACUACCAGUUCCAAAAAGAGUGAAUUAAUUGAAUCUGAGAGUACAUAUCAAGUUGAAACGACAGGUGUGGUAAUGAUAGAUGAGUAUCUGAAAACACAGUCUUUGAAAACAGAAUCGGAUAUUAAAGCUAUAACAACAGUUAUGGCAGUACUAGAAGAUUUUUCAGAAACAAAUUUGGUCUCGGAGACUAGAUCAACUGUCGAGUCUAAACUGGAUGAUUCUAAUGAAACUGAGAGGGAAAUUGAAACCAAAAUAACCUUUACAGCAACUUUGGACGAGUCUUCAAUAACACAGUACUCAGGAAAACAGUCGGACAUUAAAGUCGAUACAACAAGGGUAGCAGAACAAUUUUUGGAAACUGAAAGUAAGAUUGAAGUUGGAGCAACAAUUAAUACGAACUCGGAUGCACUUUUAAAGACGCAAUAUUCAGGAAUACAGUCUAUAAAAACUGAGCUAGAUUUUGAGGUAGAAACAGUAACCGUUGCAAUAUUGGAUGAUCCAAAUGAAACAGUGUUGAAUACUGAAGAGAAAACAAUCAAGGAAUCUGCAAAUAAAACAGAAACAGUACUGGAUGUUGAAGCUGAAACAACAAUUACAACAAUAUCAGUUGAGACUUUGAAAACACAAAUUUUUGAAACAAGAUUGAACAUCGAAGUUGAAGCAACAGCUGUGGCAAUAAUAGAUGAUGGAGAAUCAAAUAGGGAAAAUGAAGUUGAUAUAAAAAUUAUGGAAGAGUCGAAAACUGAAUUAGAUUUUGAAGUUUUCCCGAAGGCCAAAUCAUUACUUGAUUAUCUUGAAACAGAAUUAGAUGCACCAAUUUCAUUGUUAGAAAAUUUUGUACAUUCUCCACAAGAAUCUGAUGUAAAAGAGGUUGUCAGAUCAGUAUUAGGUGGUAUUAAUGAAAUAUUGACUGAACAACAAUCACAAAUGAAAUCACUUUUAAAAAGUUAUGUCAAAACUCCAUCAGAAUUUGAAACAAAGCAAGCCGUUAGAAGUUUAUUGAAUGUUGGACCAAUAGCUAAUAAGGAUCGGACUGCUAGAUCAUUAUUAGAGAAUUAUGUUGAGUCUCCAGAAACUGCUGAAGUCAAAGUGGCUGUUGAAACUUUAUUGGAUGGUACCACCAAAGCAAAUUCUAGUGAUGAAGAUCAAAUGGAUAACAAAGUUUUGGAAGAUUUUGUUGAAUCUCCUCAAAAAUCUGAUGUACAACAAGCUGUUAGAACUUUAUUAGAUGAAACUACUGAGACCUUGGAAGAUCAACCAGAAUUGAAAUCAUUAUUAGAAAAUUAUAUUGUAUCACCAUUAGAAAAUGAAAUGAAACAAGCUGUUGAAGAUUUGUUAAAUAUUGGAACAAUUGCUGAAAAUGAUCAGACAACCAGAUCGUUAUUGGAAGACUUUAUCGACUCUCCUUAUGAAUAUGAUGUGAAACAGGCUGUUAGAGCAGUGUUGGGUGGAGCUUUUGAGUUAAGUUCAAAGGAAACAGUUAAAGGUUUCUACAAAGAUGCAACAAUUUCAUUGUUAGAAAAUUUUGUACAAUCUCCACAAGAAUCAGAUGUAAAAGAGGCUGUUAGAGCAUUAUUAGGUGGUUUUAAUGAAAUAUUGAUUGAACAACAUUCACAAAUGAAAUCAUUAUUACAAAGUUUUGUCAAAACUCCAUCAGAAUUUGAAACAAAGCAAGCUGUGAGAAGUUUGUUGGAUGUUAAACCAAUUGCUGAAAACUAUCAAACUACCAGAUCAUUAUUAGAAAAUUAUGUUGAGUCUCCAGAAACUGCUGAAGUCAAAGUGGCUGUUGAAACUUUAUUGGAUGGUACCACCAAAGCAAAUUCUAGUGAUGAAGAUCAAAUGGAUAACAAAGUUUUGGAAGAUUUUGUUGAAUCUCCUCAAAAAUCUGAUGUACAACAAGCUGUUAGAACUUUAUUAGAUGGAACUACUGAGACCUUUGAGGAUCAAUCAGAAUUGAAAUCUUUAUUAGAAAGUUAUGUGGCAUCACCAUUAGAACAAGAAAUUAAACAAGCUGUUGGAGAAUUGUUAAAUAUUGGAACAAUAGCUGAAGAUGAUCAGACUAAUAGAUCGUUAUUGGAAGACUUUAUCGACUCUCCUUAUGAAUAUGAUGUGAAACAGGCUGUUAGAUCAGUAUUGGGUAGAGCUUUUGAGUUAAGUUCAAAGAAAACAGUAAAAGAUUUCUACAAGUCUUUAUUUGAAAACGAAGUUGAACAAUCAACUAAUGCAACUAAAAAUCAAUCACAAAUUAAGACAUCAGAAAAUUUUAUUGUAUUAACCGAAGAUGUUGAAGCAGAAGAGACUGUGAAGGUAACAGAAGAAAAUGUUGAGUCAAAGUCAAUCACUUCUCAAAGUGAGUCAUCUUCUUCAAAUACUACUACAACAAAUCUACCAUUUUUAUCGUUACUUGAGGAAGAUCAAUUAGAAUCAUUAGAUCCGACCUCAUCAAAUUUUUCAUGGGACUCAGUAUUAGAUUCAUCACCAAUAGACCCUGAGCUUAGGACAUUAUUGAAGGACUUUAUUAAAGCGGAAUCUGAUAAAAAAUUUAGACCAACGCAGAAGGCAUCACUAAAAAAAACAGUGGUUUUCAAAAGUUCAUUAUCAGCAACUACAGACUUCACAUUUCCGCCACAUUCAUCAUCAAUAGAGACAACUAUACCAACACUUGAGUCCUUUUCAAGUUCUUCAAUAAAUUCAAACUCAGCUUCAUCAUUCAGAGCUUUGUCAAACUCAACAACUGACUCAUCAUCAUUUGCACCAGAGGUCAUUGCAGAAAACGCUACGUUAACUUUGACUAAUUCAAAUGAAUUAACUGAAAUCAAUUCAGAGCUUGUCUCAAUUUCAAGUGCCACAUCAAUGAUGGAUUCAACCUCCACAUCACCAAAUUUACAUUCAACGAAUUUUCAACCUUCAAUUGGUACUAUAUAUGAAGGUUCAGGUUCUAUUUUGAAAGUGUCAACCGUUAUUGCUGGGUUUAGUGCUAUUGUUUUGGUCAUUCUUUGA